AUGACUGUUCAAGGAGACACCACCGGGCACGACAAGGCCACCGCACACGGCGUCGAGCACAAGAAUGGCAGUGUUGGCGAUGAGACUGUUGAUGUCUUGCACAGACAGUUCGCUGGUGCAACGCUAGAAUACCACCAUGGCAUGACAAAGAAGCUCUUGAGAAAAGUCGACAUACAUUUGCUUCCGCUGUUGAUCUUGAUAACAUCCGACGAUACGCGCAUGGGAACUUACAUUUACGACACCAGGUAUCUGCUUAAUUUCUUGGACCGGAAUAAUUUGUCCCAAGCGAGGUUGGGAACCCUCGAGGCUGAUCUGGGUAUGACGGGGACGGACUUCAACUUGGCAACCAGCAUCCUUUUCGUUGGGUAUCUCUUAAUGCAACUGCCAUCAAAUCUUAUCAUUACGAGGGUUCGACCCUCCUGGUAUCUUGGAGUAGCAAUGACAAUCUGGGGAACCAUAUCGGCAUCACAGGCCGCAACCCAUAGUUUCAGUGGGCUGAUUGCUUGUCGAUUCUUCCUCGGCUUUGCCGAAGCUCCUUUCUUUCCCGGUGCCGUCUUCCUCAUGUCAUCAUGGUAUACCAGGAAUGAGCUGGCACACAGAAUCGCCUGGUUCUAUGCGGGUUCUUCGCUUGCCAAUGCGUUCGGGGGAUUGCUGGGAGCCGGCGUGCUCGGGAACCUAAGUGGCGCUCAUGGGAUCUCUGGAUGGAGAUGGCUCUUCAUUAUCGAAGGCGUCAUUACCAUUGGAGUUGCAAUCGUAUCCGCAUUUGUGCUUCCUGACUAUCCGGCCACGACGAAGUGGCUGUCUGAAGGGGAGCGUGCCUAUGCUCAAUGGAGGCUUAUUGAAGAUACCGGCGAGGCGGACCAAACCAGUGCCUCGACGAUCAAAGAGGGUGUAAAACUGGCCUUGAAGGAUCCUCGCCUUUACCUUUUUACACUGUUACAGCAUCUGAGCCUGCUAUCGCAAUCCUUUCAGUACUUCUUCCCCACCAUCGUGAAGACUCUGGGAUACGGCAACAUCGAGACUCUACUGAUCACAGCCCCGGUGUGGAUCGGAACCUUUCUGGUAUCAUUAGUCGUGACAUACACGUCUGGAAAGUACCAGGAUCGAGGCUGGCACAUCAUAGCUUUGAUGUUAAUAUCCGUCGUCGGAAAUAUUAUUGUUGUCUCUUCACUAAAUACGGCGGCGAGGUUCUUCGCAAUGUUUUUGAUGCCUAUGGGGGCGGUAUCGGCUUAUCAGAUCAUCUUGGCUUGGGUAUCUAACAGCUUUCCACGCCCUCUGGUCAAGCGAUCAGCUUGCAUCUCGUUUGCAAACAUGAUUGGCAACUGCGCCAACAUCUACGGGUCCUACAUGUACCCAGCAUCAGACGGCCCGAGAUACCUUGCGGGAGGUUGUGCAACUGCUGCAGUUGCGCUUAUAGUUGCAAUCAUGGCAUUGAUUGUACGCCUGGUCCUUCAGAGGGACAACAGAAAGCUCGCAGCUCGUGAAACGCUCGACGCCGAAGGCAAUGUUGUCGGUCCGACGGGCGGUUUGGACGAGAGGGCUGUUGGAUUCAGAUACGUCCUUUAA